AUAUAAUAAUAACUGUAGGAAGUCUAGAUGAAACAUUAUUCUCAGCGCCAGUUUCCUUUUUUAUCAGAUGAGAUUCAGUAUCAGUGGCGCGUGUACCUGCAAGUUGAAACACAUUAGAUGAACUAAAAUGUUUCACAGUCGGUAAUGGCCACAGAGAGCAGCAUGUGGAAUACCUGCGACUACAGUCACAAUGUCACGUUCUUCUACGACUAUGUGGGUAAAAACAUCAGCUUAUAUUGGACGACGCGGGACUUAGUGGUGAUUGGACUUGGACUGACAGUAUGUCUCAUCGUGGUUCUGGCCAACCUCAUGGUGAUGGUGGCCAUCUUCAUGAACCACCGUUUCCACUUCCCCAUCUACUAUCUCAUGGGCAACAUGGCUGCAGCAGACCUGUUUGCAGGGAUCGCCUACGCCAACCUGAUGUUGAACACGGGCCCUAUGACGCGCAAGCUCACCAAAGAGCAGUGGUACAUCCGCGGGGCUUUGAUUGAAAUGAGCCUGACAGCCUCAGUGGCCAACCUCCUGGCUGUCGCCGUGGAGCGCCACCAGACCAUCACCACCAUGCAGCUGCACAGCAAGAUGACCAAACGGCGCGUGGUGCUGCUGAUAGUCUGCAUCUGGGCCGUGAGCAUCAUCAUGGGCCUGGUGCCCUCCACGAUUUGGAACUGCGAGUGUGAUCUGGAUGACUGCUCCACCAUGGCACCCCUCUACAGCCGCCGCUUUCUCAUCUUCUGGGCAGGCCUCAACCUGCUCACUUUCUUUAUCAUGGCUGGCAUGUACACUCGGAUCUUCAUGUAUGUGAGAUACCAGAGCAGGUACACAUCUCGGCACACCGCGGAGAUGUGGCACAGCCAGACUGUUGUGAACCUGAUGAAAACUAUCUCCAUGGUUCUGGGCGCCUUCAUAAUCUGCUGGACGCCCGGCCUCGUGACUCUCUUGCUGGAUGGACUGGUGGGUAAAGCCAGCCACAUCAACGCCGUUGAGAAGUUCUGUUUAGUGAUAGCAGAGUGCAACUCUCUGGUCAAUCCUAUCAUCUAUUCCCUGCGAGAUGACGAGAUGCGGACAACGUUCAAGACGAUCCUGUACUGCCUGUGUCGGAGAAGCGCUGACCAGGAGGGGAGGCCAUCACCUGUCGUGACUGCCCCACCGCUGCCAGAGGAAACUCUUAGCUGUGUCCAGAAGCAUGAAGAUCAGGCCGUCUGUAUGGAAACAAACAAUACAGAAGACAGAUGGACAAUUCCUGGGGUGUAAUGGCUGCAGGCCUAGGAUUUAAAAAAACAAAUCUUUACUCUGACAUCUAACCAGCACACAUUGUGUAAAAGUUUGAUUCUUCUGCUGGACAUUAGCCAACUUCUGCUGAACUCUUCUCCCAUGUUUGCGCUUGUGAAUUGAAUAAAUAAAACAAAACAAACAUAAA